UCUUGCGAUCUACGCGGCAAAGCAAAAAAAUAAUUCGUUCAAAAUGCGGUGGAUUGUAAAUAUAAUAUUUUUAAGUGUUGCGUUCUGUGAAAAUAAUUCUCCCGAAGUGCAGAUAAAAGAUGGAAAGUUAAGGGGGAAGUACAUGACAACUAAAGAGGGAAGACAGUUUAGCGGUUUCACCGGAAUACCGUUUGCCAAACCGGCCCUUGGAGAACUUAGGUUUAAGCCCCCAGUACCAAUAGAACCAUGGCAGGGCACUCUAGAGGCAACAUCUAUUCACAGCGUUUGUCCGCAAAGAGACAUCUACAGGCGAUCCACAGAAAUAGAAGGCGAGGAAGACUGCCUUUACCUGAAUGUCUACACCCCAAAACUGCCAAACGCAGGCGAAGCCUCCCUUCCUGUGAUGAUCUUCUUUCACGGGGGCGGCUGGCUAUGCGGGGGCGGCAAUUCCCUCUGGUACGGUCCUGAGGUAUUGCUAGACAGGGACGUCGUUUUGGUCGUCACCAAUUACAGGCUAGGUGCUCUUGGAUUUUUGACUACAGGGGAUGAUGUAGUUGCGGGUAACAACGGUCUUAAAGACCAAAAUCUCGCAAUAAAAUGGACUAAAGAAAACGUUGCCAAAUUUGGAGGAAAUCCUGACAGUAUUACUAUAUUUGGAGAGUCGGCAGGUGGCGCUAGUGUACAGUAUCACAUGGUUUCGCCCUUAAGUAGAGAUUUAAUUUCUGGAGGUAUAUCCCAAAGUGGAACCCCCUUAUGUAUUUGGGCCCAUGCCCCGGAGGGAGAAGGCAUUAAAAAUGGUAAAAAAUUGGCAAAAUCCUUAGGGUGCCCCACCAACAACAAUGAAAGAAUGGUCGAUUGCCUUAGAAAAAUUGAUGCCAAUAAACUCGUUGAACAAGAUUCUGUAUUCUUCGAAUGGGAUUUGGACCCGAUGAUCCCUUUCAAACCGACUGUGGAACACAAGCACGAUGGUGCAUUUUUGUCGGAACACCCUAUAGAAACGAUGAAGAAAGGUCAGCAAGCGAAAGUGCCUAUAAUUGUGGGUCUUAACACUGAAGAUGGCGCUUUAAGAGGAGCGGGCAUUUUUGGAAAUCCGCAUCUUCUGGACGAAAUAAACCAAGAUUUCGACAGGGUCAUUCCGAUAUCUCUUAUGUACGAUAAAACUGCCAAAGAUAUUAAAGGGAUCACUCAGAGGAUAAAACAUUUCUACUUCAACGACAUGCCUGUUUCAAACUCCAGCAAAAAGGAGAUUGUCAACAUGUACACAGACGGUUGGUUUUUGAACUGUGCCGACGAGGCUGUCAGAUUACAUAAAAAAUACUCGACUACGCCAGUUUAUUAUUAUCUUUUUGGGCAUAGAGGAACUUCCAGUCUAACCAAACUCUUCGGUGAUCCUAUUAACGAUUAUGGAGUAUGCCACGCUGACGAAUUGCAAUAUCUUUUCCCACUGGCCGACGGGUUAUUCCCCGAAAACCCACCUUCCGAUGAUGACAAAAAAGUGGCCAAAAUUAUGACAAAUCUGUGGGCCAAUUUCGCCAAAACUGGAAACCCCACCCCAGCAACCAAUGACGUUAUACCAGAAGUCUGGCAACCUGUUAAAACCGAUAACAUGGAGUACUACUAUAUCGACGCUGAAUGGACGGGAAUGAAAGAAGGACUCCUGAUAGAACGCGCCAAAUUCUGGAGAACCUUAAAAAGCAACCCAAGAAAACAACUAAAUAAAGAUGAAUUAUAAAUAUUUACAAACUACAAAAUAAGUACAAAAAAACAAUAAAGUAUUAAUUUAU